AUGGCCCUGUGUGAGAUAUGCAAGCGCGUCGACUUUCGUUCGCUCCUCGUUGCCUGCAUUCAGCAAUGGCAAGCCGGACGAGCGGAGGCGGAGGAUAUGACUGACAACGGUGACGGCUAUGAUGUGCCAUCCACACUCAGUGGCUCGUCAUGUAUCAAUAAGCAUCACAGCGAUGUAUUUGAAGUGGGAAAAUGCGCCCCGGAAUGCCACCUCUGCCAAAUCAUAUUCCAAGCCUUCGAACGGAGAGGAGUCAAAGAUCCGGAAGACGCAAGGGGUUUGCCCAUCAUCCUCAGAGCAUUCAACAACAAGAUUCAAGUUUGUUUCUCCUCGGGAGAAGAGCCAAUCGAGUUAUGCACUCUGGAUUUAUGCGUGGACGAUGCCAGCGUCACCGAAGUCUUCCGAACCUUGGACAAGGACGACGAUCCGCCGCCGAUCCUGUACAAGGUGAACACAGACCCUGGUUCUGAAUCAUCACUCGCGACCGCUUCCAGCUGGUUGCAAAACUGUUUGAGGAAUCAUAAUCUCUGCCAGCCCCCUCUCGAAUUUCAUCACCCGCCAAAGCGGCUGAUCAACGUCGGCAACACAACCCAGCAUCCGUUCCUGGUAGAGAUGGGCCCGAAUUCACCGCCUGUCAAAUGGUUGUGCCUCAGCUAUUGCUGGGGAGGGUUUGAGCCUGCCGUGAAGCUUACAAGGGCCAACAUGAAUAAACUAAAGAGCGGGAUGCUCUCGGGCGGCGAAAGCCUCGAUUCUCUUGAUGCCACUGUGCGAGACGCAAUCCUCGUUGCAAGGGCCCUGGAUAUCCCCUAUAUUUGGAUCGAUGCACUGUGCAUUCUCCAAGACAAAGAUGCCAACGAGUGGAACGAACAGGCCCCCAAGAUGAACGAAAUCUAUGGGGGCUCGGUUCUCACGCUUGUCGCCGCCAGUGCGAAGACUGUCAAGGAUGGGUUCUUGACAAAGCGUCGACUCCAGCAAUACGUUCCCAUAUCAGCAUCAGAUACCCCAUCGGGGGAUGCUGCCCGGGAUGACCCACGAGCAAAUGUAUUCCUGUCGCCAGAAUGGCCCGCCCAAGAAGAUUUAGCCAACGGACCCUGGAACAGUCGAGGAUGGACGAUGCAGGAAGGCCUCCUCCCAAAUCGACUGCUAUACUAUACCUCUUCUCAAAUGAUGUGGAAAUGCAAGAAUGAGCAGAGGUUUGAAAGAGGCGUGACCAAAAGUCUUGACCAUGUGCUGAAGAACUUUGACGAUCGCGUCCAUGACCCCGAAUACAUAUGGCUCGAGACAUCGGAUACAUUUUCGAAGUUCAAGAGGUUUCCGUACUGUCUACCAGCCAAAUGGGUGAAGGUCGAGCCGGAAAUGUUUCGUCUGUGGUACGACCUCGUCGAGAAUUACUCUCCUCGGCAGUUCACAAACCCUGGCGAUCGCCUCGUCGCAGUUUCGGGUCUUGCCAAGGUAUUUGGCGAUGCAAUCCGAAGCGAAGAUUACUUUGCCGGUCUGUGGAAAUCAGACAUGAUACGUGGUCUGAUGUGGUACAUCGAAGGGGCAACGCUGAUUCCUCGAAGCCCUCUAGACAACGACGUGUUUCCAACUUGGAGCUGGGCUAGCGCGGGGUGCGGACUCGUCAAUCACGACCACAAGGAUUGGAAUAUCCCCUUAUCACGGGUCGAGAACGCACAAGUGGACCUCGUCGACAAACGCCAGCCAUUUGGCCCUCUGAAAACGGGGAGCGCCAACACCAUCACCUUGACUGGCCGUCUCAAGAGGCUGCCGAGACUCUACAACAAGGCAUGGGAAUGCGAGGACGCAUCAAUGUCCGCACUUGAACGGCAUCUCUCAGAGAUGGUCGAGAGGGAAAGCCCAGGGAAGGUGGAACUCAGGUACUCUUCUCCGUCCGGCGUGCACUUCGCAGCACUUCAGAUGCUUCGGGAUCAUGAGUCGUUGGGCCUGCUAGUCCUGGAAUCGACCAGGGAAGCCCCGAACAACGUGUAUCGCCGUGUUGGAGUAGUUACACUACGGGGACGCGACGAGCGAAAUGUGUGCUCGCCGGAUCUUCUCGCUAAAAUCAUGAUGUGGGAAAACUCCCUUGAUACUCGCCUCGGUCCGCGGGAAUGGGCCGGAAAGGAGGACGAAUUUCAUGACAAAGUGCUUGUGGAGGUGAUGGAGGAGACUUGGAAGGAAGAAAGCGUGGUUAUCAUCUAA